AUGAUGCGCUCUUCGUUCGUGCAUAAGGCGGCCGCCGCAGCGGCUGGUGGGGGUAUGACCGCCACCUCUAGCGAUCCCAAGAUGUCGUCGCUGCACAAGCUUCUCACUGGGGAGGUGCAGUUCCGCAACAACGCCCUGCUGAAGGCGUGCAACAUUGAGCACAACUUCGGUGCCAAGUGGAAGUCCGACAUUGAGGCCUACGCGAAGUGCCUGCCGGCGGCCGAGAGGAGCUCUCUGGAGCGUCAGGUCGCGCGCGUCAUGCUGACGCGUUACACGACUCGGGAGCUUGCCGAGUACUGCGGCGAGGGCCCGGAGCACGUGGACGCGGUGGCGCGUGAGGCGAACAUCGCACAGGCUAAGGCGUAUGCGCAGAAAAAUGGCGCCGACAAGCUGGAGGCCUACGUGAAAGCCGAAUCCAAGAACGCCGGCUGGUCUGAAGCCGACACAAAGAGCUUUAUGGAUGCCGUAAAGGCGGCCAAGUGA